AUGGACCCGGGUACGUUUGAUUUGGACGUCUGCGAUGAGUGCAGAAGGUCUCUGUUAAAUGGUUCAAUUCCGCGUUUGUCCUUACGGAACUGUUUGUAUAGGGGACGACUUCCUGAAGAAUUCAGAGAUCUCACUUGGGUUGAGGAGAUGGUAUGUGCGAAGUAUCUAUCUACGGCAAUAGUGACCCGUUUAGUAAUGGGUCAUGGCGAGUUCAAGGCUCGGAAGCUGCGAGGAAAUACUUGUGCCCAUGAGAUGAACAUCGUUGAAACAGCAAAGGCACUUCCACGGGCCCCAGUCGACGUUAACGGGAUGCUCUCGGUGGUGUUUUUAGGUCCAGAGAAUAUUAGUGAAGGCAGACUACAGGAGAUAUUCUAUGUCAGACGUGACAAAGUUUGGAAGUUUUUAAUGUGGUUGAAAGACCAUAAUGAACUGUAUGCUGAUAUUGCCAUAGAUGAGGACAAUGUGAAACAAUAUCCUGAGUCUGGUACUCUCCCUGGAUUGAUCGACAGGACCAGACGGUGA